AUGCGACCUGACACCCAGCACCGGGGCCCUGCUGCUCAUUCCGAGAAUGAUCUUCCAGAGCAGGAGGAGGAAAUCCUGGGAUCGGAUGAUGAUGAGCAAGAGGAUCCAAAUGAUUACUGUAAAGGGGGUUACCACCUUGUGAAAAUAGGCGAUCUCUUCAAUGGACGUUACCACGUGAUUCGGAAGCUUGGAUGGGGCCACUUCUCCACCGUGUGGCUGGCGUGGGACAUCCAAGGAAGGAGAUUUGUGGCAAUGAAGGUGGUGAAGAGUGCAGAGCACUACACAGAAACAGCACUGGAUGAAAUCAAGUUGCUGAAAUCGGUCCGCAACAGUGAUCCAAAUGAUCCAAGCAAAGAGAGAGUUGUUCAGUUAUUAGAUGACUUCAAGAUUUCAGGAGUGAAUGGUUCUCAUAUCUGUAUGGUGUUUGAAGUUCUGGGGCAUCAUCUCCUGAAGUGGAUCAUCAAGUCAAAUUAUCAGGGUCUUCCACUCCCUUGUGUCAAAAAAAUCAUCAAACAGGUUCUUCAGGGUCUGGAUUACUUGCAUACAAAAUGUCGAAUCAUCCACACAGAUAUAAAGCCUGAGAACAUCCUGCUGUGUGUGAAUGACCAGUACAUUCGCAGGCUGGCUGCAGAAGCAACAGAGUGGCAGAGAUCUGGAGCCCCUCCACCAUCUGGCUCUGCAGUGAGCACUGCACCACAGCCAAAACCAGCUGACAAAAUGUCAAAGAAUAAGAAAAAGAAGUUGAAAAAGAAGCAGAAAAGACAGGCUGAGUUGUUGGAAAAGCGAAUGCAAGAGAUAGAAGAAAUGGAGAAGGAAGCAAACCCUGGACAGACAGAGCCUGAAGAGAAGGAAGAACCUCAAACACCUCUGGAAAUGAUCAUAAAAGUCAGUCCACCAGAGGAAAAUGUCAGCAAAAAGCCAGAAGCCUUUGGACAGGAGCAAUCAAAUCUCAUGGAAAGCAGCGUGGAAAAACAUGCAUCGGAAAUCAACUGCAACGGAGUGAUCCCAAUGACGGACUUGACAGACUCUGUGAAUGAAGGGUCUGUACGACUUGAGGACGACCUCCACAAUGCCAAUGACUGUGGCAAUCACCCUCACACACAGAAGACUGAGAACUUGCAUGACUGUAAUUACAGCCAGCACAACAGUGACUCAGAGAACAGGCCUCAAGAAGCUAUGUUGGACUCGUUUGUGCCCUUGGCCUCAGAGGAUUCCAUGGUGUGCCAGCCCACAUCCAACCAAGAGCAGGUGUUCAGUGAGCAGGGAAUCAACAGUUUUCAGGAAAGCAUCAGGACAGAGAUCCAUUCAGAGGAUGAGAAUGAGAAUAACAGCCCGACAGACAACAAAGGAAAAUCAGCUGCUGGGAAUUUCCUUCUUAAUCCUCUUGAGCCCAAGAAUGCAGAUAAGCUCAAAGUGAAGAUAGCUGACCUAGGAAACGCUUGCUGGGUGCACAAACAUUUCACUGAAGACAUCCAGACAAGGCAGUACCGGUCCCUGGAGGUGUUGAUAGGGUCAGGGUACAACACCCCUGCUGACAUCUGGAGCACAGCCUGCAUGGCCUUUGAGUUGGCAACAGGGGACUAUCUGUUUGAGCCUCACUCUGGGGAGGAUUACUCACGAGAUGAAGAUCAUAUUGCAUUGAUCAUAGAACUUCUGGGGAAAAUACCUCGCAAGCUUAUUUUGGCAGGAAAAUAUUCCAAGGAGUUUUUCACCAAGAAAGGUGAUCUGAAGCACAUCACCAAACUGAAGCCCUGGGGCCUUUUUGAAGUGUUGGUGGAAAAAUACGAGUGGUCCCAAGAUGAGGCAGCUGCAUUCACAGACUUCUUACUCCCCAUGCUGGAGCUGAUCCCAGAGAAACGAGCUACAGCAGCAGAGUGUCUCAGGCAUCCCUGGCUUAACUCCUAGAAGCUUCCAAGCAAUGCUACAACGUUAUACUCUGGUUUACAGCAUAGCCUACACACCCAGCUGCCCUUUUCCAGAUCCAUUUUCCUCCUUGUUCACUUUCAGUGUGGAGUUCUUUCUUCAAGGCUUCCAAGAUUUUAGAUAAAUCUAACCUGUUCUGCUGA